UGGAAGAACUACUGAAAAAAAGGAGACGAGGUCAAAAGAUUAUUCAACAAACGAAGGCUGUUCAUUCGGAAUAUUAGUAGUAGCAACAUUCGUUACCAUUGUGAUCACAUCGUGAACAAAUUGUGUCCACAUAUACUCGAAGAAGGAAAACAUUAGCACUGUACUAUGUCGUCGACAAAAGAGCAACCCGAAUCUCUCGUAGAAAAUGCCACUCAAGUUAUCCCGGCGAAGCCAGACAUUAGUCUUGAUCAGUACAAAACGCUUCACAAACAAUCGAUCGAAAACCCGACAGAUUUUUGGGGGAAAGCCGGUAGAGACCACAUUGAUUGGUUCCGGCCUUUCGACAAGGUUCUCGAUGGAGGAUUUGAACACGGCGACGUUCGAUGGUUUGAAGGAGGCAAACUAAAUCUCAGUUAUAACGCUUUGGAUCGUCAUGUAAACAGUGAUUCCUCUAAUGACCUCGCCUUGAUUUGGGAGGGUGACGAGCCCACCGAUGUUCGAAAGUUGACAUAUGACGAAGUCCUCCGCAAAACUUGUCAAAUUGCGAACGCUAUGGUUCGCUUGGGCGUUCAAAAGGGAGAUGUAAGUAUAAGCACGAGGACAAGUACAUGUCCGGUGAUUUGAUGGUCAUUCUUAGAAGUGUUCUUGACUGUAUCGUUCAAUGUAUCUCGUAUAUCCUAUCAGUAAAAAAUGAGAACUAAUGUUCUUGUUGUCUUUUCUGUGGCAUUGCGAUUCGAUUCAAUGAAAUGUUCAAUCAACCGACCGUCAGAUUGUMACCAUUUACAUGCCUAUGAUCCCUGAAUUGAGUAUGACGAUGCUCGCAUGGUAAGUCAAUUGCUACAGCCACAUGCCUUCAAAUCUCAUUAAAAAAUGGAUCCAUAUUUAUUUUUCCAAUUCACUAAKAYAUAGGUACUGCUAUAUUCUCUACUUCCUAAAAAUUAAGUACUCGGAUUGGCGCAGUCCACUCGGUCGUCUUCGCUGGCUUCUCGGCCGAGGCUCUUGGGCAACGAAUUUCGGCGGCCAAGUCAAAACAUUUGAUUACGGCUGAUGUUGGUCGCCGGGGUGGCAAGACCAUUGCUCUCAAGGAAAUUGUCAAUAACGCCUUGACCAAAUUGGAUUGUGAUUCCAUCGUUGAGCACGUCAUGGUCUGGGAACGCUUCUACGAUGGUGCGGAAUCAUCUGCUCCCUAUGAAAUGAAGAAGAAAGAUAUCAGAAUGGAUCUUUUGGUGUCGGCCCAACGUCCCUACUGCCCGCCGGCUCACAUGGAUGCUGAAGACAACUUGUUCAUUCUGUACACAUCGGGUAGCACUGGUAAUCCCAAGGGACUAGUGCAUACAACCGGCGGGUACGCUUUGUAUGCUAAAAUGACGACCCAGAUUACUUUUGACCUGGCACCAGGCGAUAUCUUCGCAUGUGUAGCUGAUUGUGGGUGGAUCACUGGACACACUUGUACGUAGCAGUAAUGGGUUGAUGGUACUUGUAUUUGGGUAUUUGGUUAAUGAGAUGGUGAAUUUUUUUCGUUGWUCUCGUUAUUUGUUUCUCCGUCUUACACUCCCCUGUUGUUGUUGUUGUUGUCCUGCAAUAUACAAAACUAUGCGAUGCAACAGAUGUUGUGUACGGGCCACUCUUAAAUGGUAGCACUUCCUUCAUGUUCGAAUCUACACCUGUGUACCCAGAUGAAGGAAGGUAUUGGGAUAUGGUCCAGCGUCAUAAAAUUACACAAUUUUACACAGCCCCGACUGCCAUUAGACUUUUGAUGCGUUCCGGAGACGAACCUGUGAAGAAAUACGAUUUGAGCAGCCUCAAAGUACUUGGAUCUGUUGGUGAACCAAUCAAUCCCGAAGCUUGGCGCUGGUAUUACGAAGUCGUCGGAAAGUCAAACUGCACGGUCGUGGAUACCUAUUGGCAGACUGAGACAGGUGGACACAUCAUUACGAAUUUACCAGGGAUUACACCUAUGAAACCAGGAUCUUGUACUUUGCCUUUUUAUGGGAUUGACACAGCAGUACUGUGCCCUACUACUGGCAAGGAACUAACUGAACCUGACGAAAACGGAAAUUUCCAUGGUGUCAUGGCCCUGAAACAACCUUGGCCAGGUAUGGCGCGUACGUGUCUUGGUGACCAUGGAAGGUUUCUCACGGUUUACUACAAACCUUAUCCCGGAUACUACUUCACAGGAGAUACCGUGUCUCGGGAUUCGGAUGGUUAUCACUUUAUUAUUGGACGAAUGGAUGAUGUAAUGAAUGUGAGUGGACAUCGCAUUGGAACAGCUGAGGUUGAAUCCGCCUUAGUUGCUCAUCCAGCUGUCGCACAAGCUGCUGUGGUUGGUAAGCCCCAUGACAUUAAGGGCCAGUCUAUUUGCGCCUUUGUCAUGCUUACUGCAGGAUUCGAAGAAUCUCAGGAACUUAUCAAAGAACUACGUGCGUCCGUCCGAAGCGAGAUCGGGGGGUUUUGUAGCCCUGAUAUGAUCAUUGUGUCACCAAGUCUGCCCAUGACGCGGUCAGGAAAGAUCAUGAGACGUAUUCUGCGCAAGAUUGUGUGUGGUGAAACAGAUAGUCUCGGUGAUACUAGUACUCUGGCUGACCCAUCUAUUGUCAAUCUUUUGAUCGAAAAGGUAGCUUAAUCAUCAUCGGAGAAAAAGGGAUUGCGAGGUUUCGAAGACGAUUCGAAUCAUUUUGUGUUGCUUUAAAGCGAGAAAGGGACAACGAUCACAUCUACUUCGCCAGAGGGACGAUGGUCUAAUUGCUCCUUCUUCAUUGUGUUGACAGAAAAAUAUGCUUAGAAGAGAACUUAAAAUUCUUCUCUCGGUUCAUACACAAAGGUUAUUUACUUAAUAUACUAAUAAUUUGAUU